UGCCAUGGAGACCUAGUCGACGACGACCUCGCGCCCUGUUUACGCGGCAAAUCGCUGGCAGAACUGCUUCGCGUGCGCCUAGAGCCUCCACGCUUCCUUCCCGGCUUCGCGCCCUUCGUGGACGGCGCAGUGUUGCCGGUCGCCCUGGGCGCCGGGGGCGCAGGCGGCGCCCUGGCGCUGGCUGACCUGGCGCAGGCGCGACACGGCGGUCCCGGCUACGAGCUCGCCGACUUCCCUGAGCGCGACCUGCUCUUCGGUCUUACCACCACCGAGUCUUAUCUCGAUCUUAGUGCGCAGGAUCUAGAGUUCGGUUUCGACGAGACGCGUCGCGACCGUAUACUGCGCACAUACGUUCGUAAUGCCUACUACUUCCACCUGAACGAGAUCUUCUCGACGCUGAAGAACGAGUACACGGACUGGGAGCGGCCUGCCGGUAACCCGCUGGGCGUCAGGGAUGCCACCCUGGAGGUGCUCAGUGACGGUCACACCACGGCGCCUCUGCUCCGGGUCGGGUAUCUGCACUCGGUGCGAGGGGGUCGCACUUAUUUCAUGCAUUUCCGGCAUCAGUCUACGCAGACUGACUAUCCGCAGCGUGCCGGCAGCGUGCGAGGUGAGGACGUGCCUUACGUGCUGGGCCUGCCCCUGGUGGGCGGUCAGCCCUUUUUUCCUCACAACUACUCCACGCAGGAUGCCGCCCUAUCUACGCAGCUCAUACACUAUCUAGCCAACUUUGUUAGGAAAGGGGAUCCGAACGGACCGGCGUCCCCUCGUCAGGGAGCACCCCAUUCGGGACCUCCCCAUUCAGGGAACCUCCAUUCGGGGUCACCCCAUCCGUCGGCCGACCCCUCGUCCACGUCUAAUCACGAAUCGCCAUUUUGGGACACGUACGACUCGAUUAAUCAGCUCUAUCUCGAAAUGGGUGUGAAACCGGAAGUGCGGAAUCACUACCGGGGACACAAGAUGUCGUUAUGGCUGAACCUAAUUCCGCAACUGCAUCAGCCGGGAAUUGCUGAGCUCAGCAUGAGGCAUCACCACUUCCAAGAGGAGGGCGCUCAAUACUAUGAUGGCUCGGUGCGACCGCAAUCGCUGCAACGACCCAGCCUGCCGACAGCGGCCACGCUGACGACCAGCACGGAAACACCGACGACUACCGGCGCCGCCUCCACACCCGCGGCUGCAGCCGCCCCCACCUCCACCACCGAGUGUCCGCCCAACGCGACCGCCCCCCUGGCACCCGCCGCCGACACGGUCCGCCCCGCCAACAGCCACAAUCUGCUCAGGAAGCUGGCCAACAGUCACUACCAGAGCUACACCACUGCGCUCACUGUCACGAUUGCCGUCGGCUGCUUUCUGCUGCUGCUCAACAUACUCAUAUUCGCCGGCAUCUACCAUCAACGCGAUCGCGCCGCCGCCCAUUCCAAGCACAAGAAGAAGAAGGAUGAGAUGAUGGAGUUAAACAGCUGCAGCAGCGGUUCUGGCGACAUGGAACUGAAACAGGCGCUGGCCGACUCUCAGAUGUCAGUAUCCGCCGCCGGGGGCAGCACAAUAGUCGAACUGCCUCUGCAGGAGUUCAAGUCCUCACCGCCUCCCGGGGGCGGAGGGCUGAAGGGAGCCGGAGGCGGUGACCUGCCUCCCGGGUACUGCAGCGGCGGCGACCUCUUGCCCGUCACCAGUCCUUCCAUUCCGGAGCCGCCGCCUCCGCCCAAGGCUCAGCCCCCAAACGCUAGCAUCCUCAGACAACAGCACAUGGCCGGGUGUCCGCAGACGCCGAGCUCCAUGAAGAAACGCGUACAGAUUCAGGAGAUAUCGGUGUGAUAUUUGGGGCGGUGUCCCCUCUUCGUUCUGACAACUUUCACCUCGUAACUUAUGUUAUUUCCCAAUGUGAGUACCUCACAUGCGUUCAACCAUUUCCAAUUUCAUACCCUAUUUUCACUCCAUCUCUUAUAUUAUUCCUUGAUGUGAAUACACAUUGUCUGUAUGCCUUAUCCAUCAAACUUUUAAUUUAUGAGAAAAUGUUCUCCUGUUAAUUUGAAUUUCUACUUCUAUGUAAAUCUUAUUGUGUCUUGAGAAUUUAUCACACAUAUUAAGCUUCCGGUGGUUGCGCUCUACUCAAUCACACGAGCAGUCGCGUGUUGUAUUUUGUACAACAUCCA